CGCCCUGCAGCUGCAAUGGCAGUCUGAUCUGAUCUGAUCUGACCCUGGCCGACGCAUGACGAUGAUACGACCACGUCUUUGUAAACAAGCCGUCGCCGACUGGCUCGUAUCCGAUGGGUCCGAGUCAUCGCCAAGUGGGCUUUGGCCGUGGUCAGCCAGAGUCGAGUCCCGCACUCCACCGUUUCUUGGAGGUUAGCCCAGUCCCUUUGCUAUCUACUCUGGGUAGUUCAGCCCCAGGUCUGCCCUCGACGCCGCCAACACUCCAGCCCUGGCAGGUCCGACAGACGAGUGGGGACGAGUGACGAGAAAGGCACGGCUGAACCCCUGCUGGGCAGGCCCUGGGUCCAAAUCAAGCCGCCCGCUGGCAGCCAUCACCUCAAGGCUGGGGUGACCGCUAAGCCUGCGCCACCCAUGCGACUAGUCAGCUGUAGCUGCAUGCAACAAUUCAAACACGAGCCCAUCCCAGUCACAAUUGAAUUGUUGCCGGCCAGCCGUGAUGGGACGGGAUCUGCGAGUUACUUAAACCCGGCCAGGUCCCCCCCUUCCCGAUGAUUCUCUUGGCUGCUCCCCACC